AUGACCGAAGGAGAUCCCCGCGAACACUUGAACCUCGUCUUUAUCGGUCACGUCGAUGCCGGAAAGUCCACGCUUUCCGGUAACAUUCUCUACCUGACGGACAACGUCGAUAAGCGCACCAUUGAAAGAUACGAAAAAGAGGCCAAAGAACGGAACCGCGAGUCUUGGUUUCUGGCAUUUAUCAUGGACACCAACGAAGAAGAGCGGGCCAAAGGAAAGACGGUCGAGGUAGGCAAGGCCCAAUUUGAAACGGACCUGAAGCGUUACACUAUUUUGGACGCACCGGGUCACAAAAACUACGUUCCCAACAUGAUUCAAGGUGCCAGUCAGGCAGACGUCGGCGUGUUGGUUAUAUCCGCCCGCAAGGGAGAAUUCGAAACCGGUUUUGAUCGCGGUGGUCAAACACGGGAACACGCCAUGUUGGCCAAGACACUCGGCGUGUCCUACCUCGUGGUGGCGGUGAACAAAAUGGACGAGCCUACCGUGCAGUGGAAGAAGGAACGCUUCGAUGAGUGCGUGACCAAAAUUCGUCCCUUUCUCAAGAGCUGUGGUUUCGUCAUUAAGCGCGAAGUCAAAUUCAUUCCAAUUUCGGGCUUGAGUGGCGCAAACGUCAAGGACGAAGUAGCAUUGAGCGAAUGCUCUUGGUGGAAGGAAUACUACACUUCCAACGAAAACAAUACUUCGGCGCCGACGCUCCUGAGCUUGCUCGACACUCUGGAAAUUGCCGGCCGCGAUCCGGAGGCACCUUUGCGUAUCCCGGUACUGGAUCGGUACACGGAUCGCGGUAUCAUCUCUAUGGGUAAGGUAGAGAGUGGUAUUAUUCGACCCGGUAUGAAGGUGACAAUUAUGCCAACCCGCAACAAGUACAAGGUUGACGAAGUCUGGGCCAAUGAAGAUCCCGUAUCGGGUGCUCGACCCGGCGAAAAUGUUCUGGUGAAGCUCAACGGUGCCAAGAUGGAAGACGUGCGUAAGGGCUUUGUAAUUUGCACCGAUCCGCCGUGCCGCGCCGUGGACAAGAUAAUUUGUCAAAUAGCCGUGGCCGAUAUGCCCGACAACACCCCUAUCAUGACCGCCGGCUUCCAGUGCAUGUUCCACGCUCAUACCACGGAAGAGGAGUGCACCGUAGCCAAGAUUUUUGAGACGACCAACGCGAAAGGCGUGGUCGUCAAGGGUGCCCGCUACGUAGGUGUUGGUAUGCGAGCAAUCGUUAUGCUGGACUUGGCACAAACAGUGCCACUAGAGACGUACGAGCACAUGGCUUUUAUGGGACGCUUCACGCUGAGAACGGAAGGGAAGACGGUCGCCAUUGGAAAGAUCACUAAGCUGCCGCCGAAGAGAGACUAA